AAAAAGAGAAAAAGUCUAAAAGACUUUCCCUCAAUACCAUAUCCAAAUGGAUAUAUCACGGAACAACUAGGAAAUAGGCUUAUAUAUGCAGAACGUGAGUAUGAUACAUCCAAGUUGCGUGAGGAGUUUCAAAGUUUGUAUGCUUCUCUUACCGAUGAACAAAAAGCCAUAUUUGACACAAUAAUGGAAGCUGUGACUAACCAAAAAGGCGGGGUAUACUUUUUAUAUGGUUAUGGUGGUACAGGAAAAACAUUUAUGUGGAAGACACUAGCUUCUGCCUUACGUUCUCAACGUCAUAUCGUUUUAACUGUCACAUCCAGUGGUAUAGCUUCUCUACUCUUACCUGGAGGCAGAACUGCACACUCUAAGUUUUCAAUCCCAGUUCCUACUUUGGAGAACUCUACAUGCAAUAUACAUCAAGGGAGUGAACUUGCAGAGCUAUUGAAACAGACUAAAUUGAUAAUAUGGGAUGAAGCAACAAUGGCUCAUAAAUUUUGUUUUGAAGCAUUAGACAGAAGCCUAAGUGACAUCAUUAAUAAUGAUGGUGAUUCUAAUUCACCAUUUGGAGGAAGAGUGAUUGUCUUUGGAGGAGACUUUAGACAAACUUUACCCGUUAUUCCUGGAGGCAGCCGUUCAGACAUCGUUAAUGCUACAAUAAAUUCUUCAUAUCUAUGGGAAGACUGUCAGGUAUUGUCUCUUACUAAAAAUAUGCGACUCCAAAAUAGUUUGGAUAUGACAAGUGCUACUGAGCUCAAAGAAUUUUCAAAAUGGAUAUUGGAUGUGGGGGAUGGAAAAAUAUUAGAGCCAAAUGAUG